GGCACCGUAAGCGUUCUCGCGAAGUACCUACAGUACCUCGCCGUUCUCUUCAAUUCCAUUUAUAUUGUAUGUGCUUUACUGCAUGCUGAAAUAGUAUCGCCGAUUAUUUGGAAGAAGUAGUUGCGUGCGCGAGUGUCUCGUGGUACAACCGGAAGCGAUACGACACUUGCUUUUAUUAUUUUCGAGUUUGUGGAUAUGUGUUGCGAAUCUAUGGAUUUUUGUAAAUUUUAUAGGUGAACAGUUUUAAGUACAAAGGUUUAAAUUUUUGACCGCAAAUAUGAAGUUGAACUUUGGAUCGAUUUUAGUUGCCGUUUUUGGUUUUAUAAUCGUUAAUGCUAUAACAACUAUACAUCAUGACAAACCGGAAAUGAUGACCAUAUCUACUAUUAAAAGCACCACACCCGCAAGCACCAAGCGCUCUACCACAGUGGUACCCACCAACUUCACAAUGACGCUAUCGCCUACUGAAAGAAAAAAGCGUUUGUUACCCUAUCAAAACUUCUACUUCAAUCAGCCAUUUAACAGGCCCCAUCAAGCUGGAGUUUCGUCCCAACAAUACAGAGAUUACAACGAAGUAAGGCAACCAACGAAAAAUCGCAAUUCUAAUAUUAUUGAGUAUCGUCCAUCCAAGACAUACCAGUCUAGUCCUAAAUAUACGCCUUUUAUGGAGAGCAAUGCAAUCCCUGGACCUUUUAGACCAAUGGUUAGCAGCCAAAACUCUGACUCGCCUAAGGUUCAAUAUGUUUACCUAGAUUCUCCCUAUCAAGAGGAAUCGUCUUUUAGCAACAAUAAAGAACAAAGUACAACAGAUUUAGCGGCCAUCUAUGAGAAACUUGCACAACUGAAACUACGGCAACAAUCUAUUGGUCACCAUAAAGUCCCUUAUGGAUACCGACUAGCUUCAGAGCCUCACAGGUUUAGGGAGAGACCUCACAAAAUUACCAAUUAUGACCCGCCAAGGUACAUUCAACCUAGUAAGACAACUAUUGAAACUUUCACUGCGACUAAUAUUGACAUAUCUGGCCCAAAUGAAGAUAUAAGAUAUAAGCAAGUAGACUUACCAAGAUAUCAUCAAAUACCAACACCAACCAAAGAAGAUAUAGGUCUACCAGUGAGAACCAAGUUUAGGGAGAAUAAUAAGCCGUUUGUGCAUCAUCAAAUUGCUAUUGAGGUGCCUCAGUCUAGUCUUCCAUUGACAUUCUCACCCAAUCUGAUCCGAAAACCUGGAAGUAAUUCAAAAGAUAGACCACGGACACAUAUAGUCAUACAACAAGGGAAACAGCCAACCAACCAGCCCGUGCUCAUAAGAAAACCAAAGCCCAUAGCAUUAGUAGAUGAAAGUUUUGUAGCUGAAAAGUUUAUUCCAAUAAAUGAACCACAAACCCACUACUAUGACCACCACUCAAGGCCUACAUAUGUUACUGAACAACCUCAGUAUUUGGAAUCUCCUGCUCCAGUGUACGAAGACAACUAUGAAGCUCGGUAUCAGGCUACACCAGUACCCGCAGUACGCUAUCAGCCGAAAUACCAACUAGAAGAUGACACCGAAAAGUAUUUGCCAAACAAGUUAGAGAGGAUACCAAUAGCCACACCGGGGCCACCGCAGCUACCUCCAGAAUACUUUCGGUAUCAAACAGCUACGCCUGGACCAAGCACAGUUUCUUCAGUAACCGCUUAUUCGCCAAUUAUUAAAGUGACUAAUAAAAAAAUAGUGCCUCAACAUUACGAAGACGUUAGUCAGCGAUAUGAAGAAGACUACCAUCCGAGUACUAUUUCAAAUUUAGUCGAUUCUAAAAAUGUUGGUUUAGCGGAGAUUUUGAAGCAAUUGCAAGAAAGUAAUACUUUACCUCAAACUUUGACUCCGAAUAAUAUUGAUAACAGUAUCAAGACUUUGGUGAAGAUAUUGAAUGCUCUAAAGGAUAGGCAAAAGCAACAAAGACCAACAGAACUCCAAGAAGAAUACGAAUAUGAUAAUGAAGCGGGAGUGGAUUUAGGAGGAGAUAUCACUGAUACUCCAGAUGGAGGAACUCCAGGAAAACCAGGAGUCGACUAUCCUGCUUUAUCCAGUAUCCCAAAAACGACUUUCAGUUGUAAGACGCAAAGGUACAAAGGCUUCUUUGGAGAUCCCGACACUAAUUGUCAGGUUUGGCAUUACUGCGAUCUAAACGGAGGCCAGGCGUCAUUUCUCUGUCCAAAUGGCACUAUUUUCAGUCAAGUCGCCCUAACAUGUGAUUGGUGGUUUAACGUCAAAUGCUCAUCAACCGCUCAACUUUACGUGUUGAACGAAAGGCUUUACAAAUAUAUUAUUCCUUUAUCACCUAAAUUCCCCGAGGAUUAUAGCGGACCAUUAGUCGAUAAAUAUUUAGCAAUGAAGUUUCAAGAAAUGGAAGAGAAACUUAAGAAAGAGAAAAAGGGCAAAGGCAAUUCCGAUUCGGAAGAAGAUGAUGAAUCUACUGAAAAUGGCGAAGAUGCCUCAACGGAAGAAACACGCGUUGUUGCACAAACCAAUAAGCCUGAGGUUGAAACAACUACAAUAUCCUAAAUAAUUUAAUUAAGAUCUUGGACAAAAAUACUCAUUCGCUUGCAAAUAAGCUGCCAGUAUAUUGUGUACUUCUAGUUUUAUAGAAGCUUAUAAUAUUGCGAUCUGUUUAUAACAUGCCAUAUUAGAUACAGAUGCCUUGAUUGAAAAAGACUUUUGUUUUUAUUAAAAUAAUAAAUUUAUAUUAAGUGAAAAGGAGACGUGAGGAAGUUAAAAAUAGUCAUUUUCUCAAUAUGUUAAUUAAUUAGUAUUUAUUUAUUUAUACAAACUAUAGCAAAGUAUACAGCUAUAUAUUUGUUGACGUUUUUUUGUUAAUUGUUGUUAUAAUAUUGGUUAUUUCAGUAGAAUAAAUUAGAUAACAAAAGUGA